AUGCGAGGUGGCCGUUGGAAUUGGAAGGGAUUAAAAAUCCCAGCUCCUAAGCAACAUAAUCAGAAUGCGGGGUCGGAUAUGGCAGAUCCUAUAAGUCCUGGAACAGCAUCCCCCCAAGCUCCGUUUAUGCAGCGCACGACAUCGAUCCGUUCGACGUCCAGCUCUUCAUCCAACGGACGGAGUCUCCUGCGCUGGACAAGCCAUCGGGCACGACAAGAGAAAAGCAAUGCUCAGCCCGUGUCUGCAGAAGAAUCGUCUGUGUCUGACUCGGACUCGGAUGCUAUGUCAACAAGCGUAGCCUCACUCUCAUCAACAGCCACCGCGGCUAGCCAUACAUCUAUUGAAGAAGAUACAGACACAGAUAUGUCUGAAUCAGAUGCUGACAGAGAGCAACCUGCGUGGGCUCAGACCGAUGUGAAUGUCGAACGACCAUUUUUGUACCCCGUACCCCAUGAAGUCACGGCUCAGGUGUCGGCAGCAUCGAGCGGCUACAACACGCCACGGGCAACUUCCUUUUCCACUUUAACCCCACGCGUUGCAGAAUUUUCUCAAGCACAAAUUGUGCCCACGAUACCAGCACCCAAGCCUCGAACGUCACGACCAUCCUUAGCGCUGCCGAAAACGCCCGUUCUUUCGACUGCACCGCAACGCUUUACACCUAAACGGCAUCCAUCGGUGACAUCUUCCAUUCCGCCGCCACUGACGUUGCGUGAAAAUGUGAGUCGCACGCCGCUCGAGUCUGCUCGAGGGAUGGACUACUUCAGUAUCACACCAUUGAGGAUACCUCGACCUGGGUUCAAGUCUCCCGAGGCGCAAGGAUCGAAUAUGUCUCCUCGUGUGUCAUCGAUGCCGAUGGACCAUGAAAACGUGCCUCCUACGCCAUCGGCCAUUAUUUCACGUCGGUCUUCCAUGGCAGGCGCGCCCAUGAUGUGGAUGACAACACCGUCGAAUCCACCUAGUGGCUCCACUACGCCAACGACAGCAACGCCUCUGUCAGGCGGAUCUCUUCGCUCUUCUGUAUUCUUGUCAGGCCCGCUCUCACCAGCAUUGGUCUCGCCCGUAACAGCAACAUUCAGUGAAGACACUGCGGUGCCACAAUCCCCAUUGUCCAUGCUACCUGAGGGAAUUGUGCCCGAGCGCAUGCCCAGAUUUGAUGCUGCGACCAACAUUAACCCGUUAGGUGGACCUACACCAGCCUCGCAAAACAGUGUACCAUUGUGGCAGCGGCGUCAGCGAAACAGUAUCCGGACGUUACGGGGACUAACUCCAACGCAAGCUUUGACUCCCAAAGAGGCUGAGAUCGCUCGCGAAGACGAAGAAGCGCAUGACCUUCUGGUACAGGCCAAUGCUUCCCUGCUGCAAACGCAAGUGCAGUAUGAAUUGCUGGAAGAGAAACGACGGGCCAUGUCGCUGCUCACCGAUGAUCGUCCAAGUCUGAUGCUCAUGGGAGCACCUACGCCGCGCGAUGGCGAAGAGCGACUGCCUCCAUAUUCGUGCACGGUCCAUAUUGAAGGGUUCCUUCCGCGCAAGAUGGAGUUGCUGGCUCCCGAAAUGCCCGCGACAACACGGGCAUGGACAACACAGUACUUCGUGGUGCAUGGGACAGUUUUGCAUGUGUACGAUAUUGAUGUGUCAGCUUUGUAUACCAAGUCUGUCACGCCCUCAUCCGUAUGGAACUUGGAUGAUGGACCUCUGGUGCAUAAGCUCCCGAAAAAUCAAGAUGUACACAUCCAUGAUCUUAUGAAUGGGCGUGUCCAGUCCUCCUCUCAUACCAGCCCAACGAACCUCAUUUCGCUAGAAUCGAUUCUUCAACAGUCCUUGCAAAUGAACAACGGAGAUGCUUUAGAUCAAGGGGAACCUGCCGAUCCUACUGAAACCUGGGAAAAGAUCAAGCAAGCAUUGAAGGAGCACCAUGCACACUCGUACUCGCUAGAAGAAGCGCAGUGCGGUCUAGCCGCCGAUUAUACCAAACGUGACUACGUGAUCCGUGUGAAAGUAGGAGGCGAGCAAUUCCUCCUUCAAACUCGCAACAAUUACGAUCUAGUAGACUGGAUCGAAGUGUUGCAAGCGGCCAACAAUGUUUCAACCGAUCUGGAUUCGCGAAUGAUGCCGAAGUUUAUCACACUACCUCGUCGUCGUCGUCGUCGUGGCGGGCAGGAGACCGUGACCAUUCGGGGCUCAACCAACGGAAGGUCGUCUCAAUCGCAGGCCAGAAGUUCACUAACUUCACAAUACAAUCCACCUCCGCCUCCGCUAAUGGUGUAA